UCCCCUUCCUUCACCGCUCGUCUCUCAAACACUUGAGGGUACGCUAUCUAAUUGGACCUGUAGCAGAAAAAUACCGUGCGACACUGGGCCGACUUCGGACCGUAUCUGCCCCACAGCCAUCUCACAUUCCAUGACAUUAAUCUAUACGUCCCGUCCUCAUGCCUAUGGCUGGCCUCUCCGACGGCUAGAGAGAGGGACUGCCUUCGACGGCUCGAGCGACUAUCCAACUCAGUCAUCCGGCGCCUGGACGGUGUCAGGCGAAGCGAUCUUAGCGACGCAAUGGGUGCACACGCGUGUGUGGCUCAUGUUUGCUGUCUUCCUUGUCUCUCUUUUCGCAUCAUGCUUUCCUGCUCUCUCGCGCCGCAUCCCCGGCAUCCGCAUCCCGGGCGUCGUCUUCUUCGUUGGAAAGCACUUUGGCACAGGCAUCAUUCUGGCGACUGCCUUUGUGCACCUCCUUCAGGACGCGUUCCAGGCCUUGAUGAGCCCCGAGGUGCAGGAGAGGUAUGGCGUGUCAAAGUGGGUAGGGAUGAUUGUGCUGAGCUCCCUACUCCUUAUCUUUCUCGUCGAAUAUAUCGCUACCUCGUACGUCGACCGCCUCCAGUCGUAUGCCUCUGCGCCUCCUUCGCCAUGCUCUACGCCCUCGCUCUCUCCCGCAUCCUCACCUACCAUCUCUCCAACCCAGCUCCCCGAGCGUUUGAAUGGGACGCCGAACGAUCGGCAGGGACGAAAAGAAGACGAAGAGGACGAGGAAGGCGGAGCGAGCCACCUUUCCGGUGUACCUCUCGCGCUCGCGUCACCCGAGUCUGAGCAAGAGGUGGACGAGGACGAGGAUAGGGAGGCGGAGGUAGAUGAGGCCACGCCCCUCGUUGUAUCCUCCCGAAAUCCUGCACCACCCGUCAAGUACGGCACCAACGCGAACGGCCGCCCACGCCCGGUCGGGUACGCACAUACAUUCCCGCGUUCGACGCAUCCCCCGCAUCCCCCGGCAAUGACCAUCGAGCCGAAUCGUCCAGGAGAUGAGAUUUUCAUGGGUGGGCACCAUCGGCACGAACAGCGCGGGUCUCAUGCGGAGCACCAUGCGUGUGCCAAGGGAGGAUGGAGAGGCUGGUUUGGGCUCGGCGGGGACGACGCAGGUUUAGAGUCAGGGUCCAGUGACUGUAGGGUGGCAAAUGGAAAUGGAAAGAGUAGAGAGAGCCGCACGUCGUCCGGUGCGAGCGCUAUGCGGGAGCAUGAGCGUCGGCAUGCGCACGGGCAUGGCACGAAGCAUGUGCAUGCUCACGGGCAUUUGCAUAUGGACAUGGAAUCAUGGGGCGGGGACCGGGGCAUGCAUGAGCAUGAAGAUAGAGGAGCGGAGGCUGAGAGUGGGAAUGGGGACAAGGACGCGGCUCAAGGGCGGAUCGGAUGGCGGAGGCAGGUGGUGGGCAUUUUGAUGCUCGAGGUGGGCAUCAUGCUACACUCGCUCGUCAUCGGGCUCACACUCGCGAUUACCUCAGGCCCCGAAUUCACGUCUCUGGUCACGGCGAUCAUGUUUCACCAACUGUUUGAGGGCCUCUCGCUCGGAAUCCGGAUCGCGACGCUACCCGCAGGGGAUGAGAAGCAACACGAGCGAGCGCGCUGGCUAGAACGGGUGCUCAAGCCUGCGUUGGCACUUAUGUUCGCGGUCACGACGCCCGUGGGGAUCGCCAUCGGGCUGGCGGUGUUCGGGCCUGGCGAAAGCGAAGGAGUAAAAGUAGUACUGCUCACGGGCGUGAUGUCCGCGCUUUCGGCGGGAAUGCUCAUAUAUGCGGCGUGCGUUGAGAUGCUCGCGGGUGAUUUUGUGCUCGACCCACAUCUGUGGCGCUCUAGUGUCAGCCGGCAGGCUCUCGCGCUGUGUGCACUGCUGGCGGGUGUGGCUGCGAUGGGGGCGGUUGGAAUCGUUGGAGAGUAGUUCUUGGUUGCGGUGGCGCGUGCUGUGU